AUGAAAGCCAUGGAUCUUAACGGAUUUUACCAAACUUUAAUUUCGUUCCUGAUAUGGAGUGCAUUUUCCAAUUUUCCUGAAGUAUUUGCAGUACGUGUUGCCAACUCACAGCAAAAUCAACCUAAGAAAGAAAAUCAACCAGAUCUUACACCAAUGGGGUCCUUCUGGCAGCAACAUGUGGCCACUCCUAGUAGUUCAACUCCAUUUGAUUCACCUUUUUUUUCGGCAACACACGGCCUUGUGCAGACUCACCCGUCUUUAGGUGGAAGCCACUCUGGGCCCGCUCCAUUAAAUAGCAAUAGCCUUGGGACUGGAGCUGGUACUAAGCCAGCCCUAACCGCUGGAAGCGGGUACCUGAACUCACGCGGGAGUCUACCGACCUCUGCACGUUAUCCAGCUAAUAAGAUCACAGGAACCGUCGUCGAACCCAACCCAAAAUCUCCAUUUCGCCACUUAGAUUUCUCUACUAGUGCAACUGCUGAGUUGCGGCGAAAUCCUGCGCUAUCUGCUCCUGAUGAAUGUGCACGCGCUUGUCGCGAAGGCGAGCCUCCGAGAAUUUGCUACUAUCAUUUUACGUUGGAAUACUACACAGUAUUAGGAGCUGCGUGCCAAGUAUGUACUCCAAACGCAACGAAUACGGUUUGGAGCCACUGUCAGUGUGUCUUAGCUGAUGGAGUUGAACGUGGAAUUCUAACUGCGAAUCGGAUGAUACCCGGGCCAAGCAUUCAAGUGUGUGAAAACGACAAAGUCGUUAUUGAUGUGGAGAACCAUAUGGAGGGAAUGGAAGUAACUAUACACUGGCACGGUAUAUGGCAACGUGGAUCGCAGUAUUAUGAUGGGGUGCCCUUUGUCACUCAGUGCCCCAUUCAGCAGGGUAAUACCUUCCGUUAUCAGUGGACAGGAAACGCCGGAACACAUUUUUGGCAUGCUCAUACCGGUCUACAGAAACUAGAUGGACUCUACGGCAGCGUCGUGGUUCGGCAGCCACCAUCAAGGGACCCUAACUCCCAUUUAUAUGAUUUUGAUUUAACAACACAUAUAAUGCUUAUCAGUGAUUGGUUGCAUGAAGAUGCGGCAGAGCGCUAUCCUGGACGUUUGGCUGUUAACACAGGCCAAGAUCCGGAGUCUAUGUUGAUUAACGGAAAAGGCCAGUUUCGCGACCCAAACACUGGAUUUAUGACUAAUACUCCGUUAGAAAUAUUCACAAUUACGCCAGGACGUCGUUACCGCUUUCGAAUGAUAAAUGCAUUUGCUUCAGUCUGUCCAGCACAGGUAACGAUUGAGGGUCACGGCAUGACGGUUAUAGCCACCGAUGGUGAGCCUGUGCAUCCUGUUGAUGUUAAUACAAUCAUUUCCUUUUCAGGUGAGCGCUACGAUUUUGUUAUAAGCGCCGAUCAACCUGUUGGAGCUUAUUGGAUACAAUUACGUGGACUUGGUGAGUGUGGUAUUCGUAGAGCUCAACAACUGGCUAUCCUGCGUUACGCUCGUGGACCUUAUCAGCCAGCAUCUUCGCCGCCAACGUACGAUGUUGGAAUACCGCAAGGAGUCGUUAUGAAUCCUUUGGACGCCCAAUGUAACCGUCAACGUAACGAUGCCAUAUGCGUAAGCCAACUUAAAAACGCUCUUGAGAUUGAUCGUGGUAUAUUGGCAGAGAAGCCAGACGUAAAAAUAUUUUUACCUUUCCGGUUCUUUGUAUACCGGGCAGAAGAUCUGUUCCAGCCAAACACUUAUAACAGGUUCUUAGUGGCACCCACCGGCGACCAUGUAAUUUCACUUAUCGAUGAAAUUUCGUACCUAUCGGCUCCAGCGCCACUGACUUCUCAAUAUAAUGAUAUUAACCCAGAUCAGUUUUGUAACGGGGACAAUCGUCCCGCAGAUUGUGGGCCAAACUGUAUGUGUACUCAUAAAAUAGAUAUUCCACUCAACGCAAUUGUGGAAGUCGUUUUAGUCGAUGAAGUUCAACAACCAAACCUGUCACAUCCUUUCCAUUUGCAUGGUUACGGAUUCAGUGUCAUUGGUAUUGGCCGUUCUCCUGAUUCUUCAGUGAAAAAGAUCAAUUUAAAGCACGCUUUGGACCUAGACAGGCGGGGACUUUUACACCGUCAGUACAAUUUACCGCCUACUAAGGAUACAAUUGCUGUACCAAAUAACGGCUAUGUUGUUCUGCGGUUUAGGGCUGACAAUCCUGGUUUCUGGCUAUUCCACUGUCAUUUUCUUUUCCACAUUGUUAUUGGCAUGAACUUGAUCCUGCAGGUCGGCACUAACGCUGAUCUGCCACCUGUUCCACCAGGAUUCCCAACAUGUGGGGACCACACACCAUCCAUUCCAAUAAAUUAAUAUUUUACCCGACGCACACGUAAAUGAACCCAUAUGGCGACAAAUUUGAAAAAAGCAAACAGGACAUACCUACUGAUUAAACAGUUUGUAAACAUCACUAAUAUGAAACCAGUUUGUAUAUAUAUAUGUAUAUUUAAAAUGCACAAUGCACUGUUUUUUCUUAAUAAUUUUAAACACUGCCAAUGUCCAAUUAUAUAUAAAUAACAAUAUACCUUUCCUUCUAUUUUCACCCAGUAGCUUACUAUCAAAUGUAUAUAUUUUAUUAUUUGUGUGUAUUUGUAGGAACCAAAAAUAACAAUACAUUAAUUUAUUUUAUGAAAAAGCCAUUAUGUAUCCUUUUUAUUGUUGAAAAUGACUGCAAGCAACCAACCACUUCUGUUUUAUUUUAUACAAAUUUCCUUGAUGCGUAUUUUUUAAAGUAGUAACAUUUUCAUAUUUACUUGAUCUUCAUAUACAACUAUAUUCAAAUACAUUUGCGUUCAGAGAAACAGUGUAAAAUGGUUUGUAUUUAACUAAGUAAUAAUGAAACAAAGUUUUUUCACGACUAAGCUAUGCUAUCGAUAUAAUUUCUUGUAAAUGUAACAUUUCUGUACAAAAUAAAGCUAUUUUUACUAAAUUUUAGGAAUAAUUGUAAUAAUUAACAAUGAAUAUAAUAUGAACAAGCUAAAAUAUUGUAUUUUUUUUAAUUUGGUAAUAUUUUCCUAAACAGAUGUCUUUUUAUUUUACGUUCUGUUAUGCAAUCUAACAAAUCAAAAUGUACAAUGUACUGCCACUUACACAUUUUACUGAAACUUUGUUUAUUAUUAAAAUGUAAAUACCACACAUGUUUUCGCAUGUAAAACAAAAUGUCCUUUUGAAUAUUGUGACAGCAAAGUUGAUUUGCAUACAAGAAUACCUGUCAUUAUGGUGCCUUAUUGUUGAAUCCUGGGUCCACUCAAUUGGUUUUAAUGUUUGUACCUUACGCCCCAAAUUGUAAUAUCACAGUAUAUAUUAAAAUAUGCUCACAAUGAAAAAUCCCUUAAUUAUAAAUGUACACUCAAUUGUUAAAUUGUUUAAUAUAUAUACAAUAAAAAUAUAUAAAUUUAUUUAAAAAA